UCUUCUUCUCGACUUGGUCAAGGAUAGAACCAUCCCGCGGUAGCAAAGAUGUCGGCGACAGCAGUCAAUACAUCUCAAAUGCGCGUGAACAACCUCGCAGCGGACGUGAAGCCGCAAGGCGGAGAGGCAACGGCCAAAGUCAAGCCGUGCUGCGUAUGCAAAGACGAGAAGUCUGCGCGCGAUGAGUGCAUGCUCUUCAGCAAUGCCGCGGAUCCGCAAGAUGCGUGCAAGGACUUGGUUGGACAGUAUCGGAGUUGCAUGAAGACUUAUGGGUUCAAUCUUGCAUGA